CGAGAACAGGUUCCUUCCAUCUCCAACAGUUGAGGAUGAUUUAAUGGAGGAAGAUACUAAUGAUGAAGAAUCUGAGGAUGAGGAUACUAAUGAUGAAGAAUCUGUGGAUGAGGAUACUAAUGAUGAAGAAUCUGUGGAUGAGGAUGAACUUCCACAUAAGUUUGUGCACAACUCCUACAUGAAUCUGUGGCGUUCAGAAGAAGAAGGGCUGCCAACAAUCAAUUUUUGUGUCCACCAUGAUCUCGAUUCUGACUUGAAGAAUCAACUUUGCAUAAAAUUGUAUGUUGGACUUCUAAAAGAUUCUCUGGCAGAGAUACUUUACCAAGGGGCGGAAGCUUGUCUGCAGACAUCUAUAGAAGCUUCUCAGAAGCUCGAUGUUGCAUUUGAAAUCAGUGGUUUCAAAGAGAAGAUGUUAGAUUACAUCUCUAAAAUCUGGAAGCGCUUUAUCAGCUUUUCUCCGGAGGAGAUUUCGUUUCAGAGGAUGAAAGAAGUGGUGGCAAAUCACAUGAGCAACUGCAACAGUGACAUCCAAAAACACUCUGACAACCUCAUGUUACAAUGCAUAACAAAAUCAUGUUAUGAUGUUGAUAACAUGAGGAAAGAACUUUCGUCAAUUGGUUAUGAGCAGUUUUGUCGGUUCGUCCGUGCUAUGCGCUCGAAGAUGUUCAUUGAGGGAGUUAUAUAUGGGGAUUUAUCGAAAGCUGAAGCUGUAGCUAUCUCUGAUUUAUUUGGAAGGGUAAAAACUCCUCUCGAUGAUGAAUGUGUCAUAAUUCUUCGUGGCACCACCAUAAAGGACUCCAAAGUUAAAAUUAAGACUGAUCUUAAUUCUCAUUCCAAGGUUUGCUACCAAAUUGGGGAAAAAAGCUUAUGUCCGAGGGAAACAGCAGUUGUAAAACUGUUUGAAAAAAAUGGUAGCCAACAACUUAUACAAUCAAUUAAGGGUGAAAGAGACUCUUGGGUAUAAAGUUGAGUCUGAGGUUCAUUCUAUCCAUGGAAUCAACCGGUUCAUCAUUGAUGUUAGGUCUUCGGAGCACGACCCUCAACAUUUGUUGGAUCGAAUAUUCAACUAUGUGGACACCGUUGGGGCAUUUUUGGAAGGUAUUGAUGGUGUUGCCUUUGAAAAAUGCAAAACCGUACUGAGUGGUGAUUUGCCAAGCGACGAUGGAUCUAAUUUGUGGGAUCAGAUUGCUGAGAGAAGAUUCUAUCCUGGUUUCAGUAAGAAAGUUUCCUCUGAACUAAGACAGAUAAAGAAGACUGAUGUUAUCAAGUUAUAUGAAAAGUACUUGAAAAAAUCGUCUCCUCAUUGCCGUAGGCUUGCCGUUUGCAUUUGGGGGUGCAACACUGAUUCUGCAUCUUUUGUGUGAAACAGUUUCCUAUGUUUUUGUUAUUAUUAAACUAUGUUGCUUUUGUUUUUGUGUGUGCAAAACUAUGUUGCUCUUUGAUGUCAAAUUAUGCUAAAUUUUAUGGAAUAUUUGCCAAAUUGAAGAUUUUCAACACUUCUCUC